AUGCGUAUUGAAAAGUGCUAUUUUUGUUCUAGCAACAUAUAUCCAGGCCACGGGAUUUCUUUUGUCAGGAACGACUGCAAAGUAUUCAAGUUCUGCAGGUCAAAAUGCCACAAGAACUUCAAGAUGAAGCGAAACCCUAGAAAGGUCAGAUGGACCAAAGCCUAUCGGAAUGCUGUCGGGAAAGAAAUGACUGUAGACCAGGUCUUUACUUUCGAAAAACGAAGGAAUAUUCCUGUUAGGUAUAACAGAGACUUAUUCGUUAAAACUGUUGGAGCAAUGAAAAGAAUAGCUGAAGUCAGGGAAGCCAGACAAAAGAGAUUCUGGGAAAACAGAAUGAAACAAGCACAAAGGAGACAUGAACAAGCACAGGAUAAAGAAUUGGAAAAGAAUCUGCAUUUGGUUGAUGAGCCUGCGCUGAGAGAAACUAUUACGCUGAAGUUAUCAAAUAAGAUGGAUAUUAGUGAAUAA